UAAUUCAACUAAAAUGCCACAACCAAAAUACAUAGUUCAACAAAACUUCUCCAUUAAAACCUAGCCCAUCUCCAUUUUUGUUUUCAAGUUGAACCCAUUUGUCAUUUUACUAACGGUGAAGUAAAAGCUCUUCCAAUUGCACCAGUUUAGGGCUCACACAAAACAGAAACGCCAUUUGCGUUUAGGGUGUUGGAGAAGAAAAAGUUUCUUGGAGACAGAGAGCUCGUAGAAGCUAAUAGGAUUUGCUUCGCUGUAAAGGCUUGUGGUAACCCCAACAGCAAGAUACGUUUUACCUGUGGGAGCGUAAUUCUCAAUUGUGAGAUUUAUGCAUGAUUAGGAAGAUGUCAACUGCACAGCCUUCAAAGAAACUAGUGUCCUGUGUUAUCCUUGAUUUGGAUGGUACACUACUUAACACAGAUGGAAUUGUAAGUGAUGUUUUAAGAGUUUAUUUGGGCAAGUAUGGAAAGCAGUGGGAUGGACGGGAAAUUAAAAAAAUUGUUGGAAAAACACCAAUUGAAGCUGCAAGUGCUGUUGUUGAAGAUUAUGAGCUAUCUUGUACAACGAGUGAAUUACUUUCAGAGAUUACCCCCAUGUUCUCCAAUCAGUGGUGCAACAUCAAAGCACUUCCAGGUGCCAAUCGGUUAAUUAAACAUUUGAGUGGUCAUAGAGUGCCAAUGGCAUUGGCUUCAAACUCUCCAAGGGAAAACAUAGAAACCAAAAUUUCUUUCCAUCAGGGCUGGAAGGAAUCCUUUUCUGUCAUCAUUGGUGGUGAUGAAGUAAGAUUGGGGAAGCCUUCUCCGGAAAUAUUCCUUGAAGUUGCUGAAAGGCUUAAUGUCAACCCUUCCAGCUGCCUUGCGAUUGAAGAUUCUCUACCAGGUGUUACAGCUGGAAAGGCUGCUGGUAUGGAGGUGGUUGCUGUACCCUCCAUCCCAAAGCAGGCCCACCUUUAUACUUCAGCGGAUGAGGUGAUCAACUCUCUACUUGAUUUGCGACCUGAAAAGUGGGGCCUACCUCCUUUCCAAGAUUGGAUAAAAGAUACUUUACCACUAGAACCUUGGCACAUUGGGGGUCCUGUCGUUAAGGGAUUUGGUCGGGGCUCAAAAGUACUUGGGAUCCCUACAGCAAAUUUACCCACAGAAGGAUAUGGAUCUCUUCUUUCAGAACAUCCCUCAGGAGUAUAUUUUGGUUGGGCUGGAUUAUCUAAACGAGGUGUCUUUAAAAUGGUCAUGAGUAUUGGUUGGAAUCCUUAUUUCAACAACACUGAAAAGACUAUAGAGCCAUGGUUGCUUCAUGACUUUGAUGAGGAUUUCUAUGGGGAGGAACUGCGUCUUAUUAUAGUCGGCUACAUACGGCCAGAGGCCAAUUUCUCAUCCCUCCAGAGCUUGAUAGAGAAGAUUCAUCACGACAGAAAAGUUGCAGAGGAAGCUCUUGAUCUUCCAUUGUUCUCCAAAUACAAGGACGACCCAUAUCUUAAAAGUUCUACAUAAGGGUGUCCCAGGAAUUUCUUGAAGGUCCCCAACCCGGGAGGUGCCUACGCCAUAAGUAAACCCCUCAACAACCCCAAGCCCCGUUAGUCAAAAUUGAAAGCCGGCAAGGGAGGGAGGCGGGGAAGUACUCGAAACCCGACAAUCUUAGACAGAAUAACCAAUGCAAGAAUAUCUGCAACAAAGUUUGGUUUAUUUUCCUUAGAACAUGAUGAAACCCGACUUCUUCAAAGAGAUUAGCAAAAAUGAAUGUCUCAAAGGAUAGACCGGAUCUGAAGUAUCAUUCAGCAGACAACCAAUAUCAAUAACGAGAGUACCCCCAAACCAGGAUUUUGGUCAAUAAACUAUUUCCUUCCACAUUCAUAAUACAGAAUUCUAGACUUAUAAUACAACGUCGUAGGCAUUCAAUACAAUAUCUUAGGCUUUAGAGUCAUUACCUUA